AUGAUCUCUCUGUUUAAUAGAACUGCAGGAGAAGAAUCGAACGAGCGAGUGGAUUCAAUCUGCAAUCAAACCCCAAACCCUAAGUUCUGCAAAGACGCCAUAUACACCGAUCCUCAAGCUUCAGACGCUAACACAGUUGGGCUAGCUUAUAUCUCUUUUCGUUUAGCAAGCACCAAUGCCACGAACACACUAAAAUUCAUUACCGAUCACGGUGUAACACAGGAGGAGGGUCUGAAACAAUGUAGCCUCGAUUACCAAAAGGCAGAGAAUGCACUUGACGCAGCCCUCGCCGACUUGGACUCUGAUACUUAUGAGCUUGAGCAGUACGCGGAUAUUGCUGCUCAGUCCGCAGUCCAUUGCCAGCAUAGCUUGAAUGCAACAAAGAUGAUAUCUUCAUCAUUACAUUCACAAAUGACUAAGAGGAAUACAGAUUUGAAACUACUGGCUGGAAUUUGCUCUGUCAUCUCAUCAAUGUUUGUUCGAUAA